AUGGCUGAAGUGCAUCGCAUCGGCUUUACGCCUCUCCUGGGAGACGAGAAAAAUGUCAAUAGAGGACCGUAUGGUGUCAAUAUCGUCCUCAUCCAUGGCUUGCGCGGCCAUCCGAAGCGCACGUGGGAAAGCGACCCAGCGCGAAGCGGCGAGCCAGCUGUUGCAACACCCCGUAACCGACGCUUCAGAUCCUUGUUCCGAGCCAAGUCAUCCAAGUCGACCACGAGCAGUGUCAAGAGCGACGAGAAAGACUCUACCUCGCCCAGAAUAUUUUGGCCAGUCGACUUUCUAGCAGAGGAUAUACCCGAGGCGAGGAUGUGGACGUACGGAUACGAUGCGGACGUGAUUGGAGGUGUGUUCCAGGCGAACAACAAAAACAGCGUUUCGCAGCACGGCAGAGACCUUGCUGUGCGGAUCGAGCGGGAAAUCGACAAUAAGGUGGAUCCGAUUUUCUUUGUGGCACACAGCCUCGGUGGAAUAAUACUCAAAGACGCCAUGCACAGGUCGGAGUCGUGUCGGACGCGGACGAGGCUGAUCGUGUUUCUCGGUACGCCGCACCGAGGCAGCGCCGUUGCCGGAUGGGGUGAGAUUGCAGCGAAUCUUGCUCGGCUGGCCUUGCAAGAUUCGAACAAGAGAUUGCUUGAAACGCUGGAGGUGAGCAGUGAAAUACUUGACAACAUCCACGAAGAAUUCAAGACAAUAGUUCACAAGUCGGGGAUCAAGAUUCACUCUUUCCAGGAAGCUCAGGGAGUGUCAGGCAUGAAGGGCCUGGACAACAAGGUCGUUGACGACUUCUCAUCGAAGCUGGACUUACCACGGGAACUCGAAACAGUCGAGUCAAUCAACGCGAACCACAGGCAGAUGACCAAGUGCGGCAACAGGUCGGAUCCGCAGUAUCGGGCCAUCUUGGGCGUUCUCAAGCAAGCGGCCUCGUCACUAUCCCUUGGCAACUUGCCCGUGCAGAUGACACUACGCCAGCGGCGGAGAAUCCCGUACCUGACGUCGCCGAAUUGGUUUGAAGCUGUUCAGUACUUGGGGAGCACUUGGGAAGGGGAGACACGGGACGGCCUCGACGUGGCUGGAACGUACUCUGAAUCCUGGAUGAACCUCUUCAUGAACUUUGGCGCCCACAAUAUCCUCACAUCGCGUUUUGUCCAAUCGCUUCCCGUCGAUGAAUACGACGUCCCGCAAGACAUUGUGAAUCCCUUUGCCGUCCAACUCACUGUCAUAGCAAAGCUCGUGGGGAUUAUCGGCUGCGACGGGCUGGAAUAUGUCGACGAUAUGCCCGUCUUCACUGGCACGUGCACUAGGUUGGAGUUUAGGCGCGACGGACACAAGGCGUGGAUCGGCCGCUUCACGCAAGAACCCGGGCUCUCAACGUACAUGUUUGGCAAUUGGAUGACCGUGGGGAAAGCCUCGAUACAUGCCGGCGGUUGCGUCUUGUACAGGCUCGCUUAA